UCCAAUCCUGGAAAUUCCUGAAUCCACUUUGUAUGACGGAGAUACUGUGUAUCUGAGCUGUAAGCCUCAUGAUCCACGAAAUGAGAUGGAAUCUACCUUUUUAAAAGACGGCUCACCUGUUGGAAGGGCCACAUUUUAUCCGUCAUCCAGUAAAGCAGUAAUGAUCAUUGGUCCAGUGUCAGCAUCAGAUCGGGGCUCUUACACGUGUCAGUUUGAUGACGGGAAAGAAUCAGAACCAAAAGAACUGAAAGUGGAAGCAGGUAGACGUUCAGUCACACUGACAGCAGAGGAGACUGUCAUACCAGCUGGGGGCGCUGUGACACUGACCUGCUCUGUUGACCCUGCUGCUGGAUUGAUGUAUCGAUGGUUCAGACUUCCUUCAGACACUCCUGAAGUUCUGGCUGGAAACAGAAACAAACUGGACAUUUCACAAGGCGGAGAAUACUCCUGCAGAGGACGGAGUCAAGAAGCAGAUUUCUUCACACCUGAAAGUAAUGCAGUCACUGUUGAUGAAACUGUUUCCAACAAGGCUUCUGUGACCAUUCAACCCACCUGGGCUCCCAUAUUCAGAGGAGAAACAUUCACUGUCAGAUGUGAGAUCGAGGGGAGAGAACACGCUGAAUGGACGUAUGAAUGGAAACCAGACAAACUGAACAGUCCUCCAACACACAAUGAAUACAGAAUUAUCAGUGCUGCUGAUUCUGACGGUGGAGAAUACAAGUGUAAGGGAAGAAGAGACUCCUAUUUCUCAACACAGUGGAGUAAUGGCAUCAGAUUGGACGUCAGGCCAGGUAAACCAAAGGCUGAACUGAGAGCUGACAGCAGAUUGUUUCUGAGCUGCUCUGUGACAUCAUCAUCUGGUUGGAAAUUCUUCUGGUACAGAGGAGAGAAAACCUCUGAACCUCUGACCAAACAAGAUGCUGUUUUCAUCUCUACUGAGAGAAUCAGUGUCUCACAGGGAGGAGUCUACUGGUGCAGAGGAGGAAGAGGAGAGACACUUUACUACACAGACUACAGCGACUCAGUCAUUAUUUACAAAACUGUUUCCUCCAAAGCUACUGUUAGCCGUCAACCCAACUGGCCUCAGAUAUUCACUGGAGAGAAGAUCACUCUCAGAUGUGAGAUCCAAGGAGGUGGAGACCUUCAGUGGACGUUUGAUUGGAGAACAUCCAGCUCAAACACACUUCCAGCACACAAAGAACACAUCAGUAGCAGUGCUACUGAGUCCCACAGUGGAGAUUACAGAUGUAUGGGCAGACUGGGCUAUUCCUUCACACAGUGGAGUGACCUCAUCACAUUGACAGUAACAGCAGGUAAACCAAAGGCUGGACUGAGAGCUGACAGCAGAGACAUUCCUGUAGGGGGCAGAGUGACUCUGAGCUGCUCUGUGACAUCAUCAUCUGGUUGGAAAUUCUUCUGGUACAGAGGAGAGAAAACCUCUGAACCUCUGACCAAACAAGAUGCUGUUUUCAUCUCUACUGAGAGAAUCAGUGUCUCACAGGGAGGAGUCUACUGGUGCAGAGGAGGAAGAGGAGAGACACUUUACUACACAGACUACAGCCACUCAGUCCUCAUCAACAACAAUGUUGCAAACAGGGCUGUUGUGACUCUGCAGCCAAACUGGUCUGAAAUCUACAGAGGAGAGACGAUCACUGUCAGAUGUGACAUCAAGGACGGAGGAGACACUGAGUGGGAGUAUGAAUGGAAAACAACGAGCAGAAACAAACCUUCAAAUCAAAAUGAACACCGUGUUAGAUCUGCUUCUGAAUCUGACAGUGGGACCUACAGCUGUAGGGGCAGAAGAGCUCAGCAGUCUGCAACAGACUGGAGUGAUCCCAUCAAACUGACCGUAUCAGACAAUAAACCUGAACCUGUCCUCACUGUGUCUCCAUCAUGGCUGAGUCCUGGAGACUCAGUGACUCUGAACUGCAGAGUUAAACAUCCAUCAGCAGGAUGGAGGUUCUCCUGGUAUAAGGCUGUUCCCAAACCAUCAGACAACUCCUACAGCUAUGAGCUGCUACCUGACAGCACCACUGGGACUGAACAGGAUUCUUACAUCGUUCAUGGACAAACACACACAGCAGGAUAUGUGUGCAGAGCUGGAAGAGGAGAUCCAGUUUAUCACACUGAUUACAGUCAACCUCAGUUUGUCUGGUCUGGAGAUUUUGGUUCCUCAGCGUCUCUCACAGUGAGUCCUGACAGAGUGCAACACUUCACCUCUGACUCUGUGUCACUGAGCUGUGAGGGAAACUCUGCUGAGUGGAGAGUGAAGAGGUUUACUGAUCACAGUUACCUGUCACGCUGCUCCACCUGGGGGACAAUGACUGGAUCCACAUGCAACAUACACCGUAGCUGGUAUAGUGAUACUGGUGUGUACUGGUGUGAGUCCAGAUCAGGAGAGUUCAGCAACGCAGUCAACAUCACUCAACUGAGUGAUAAUAUUAUCCUGGUGAGCCCUGUCCAUCCUGUGACUGAGGGAGAUUCUGUCAGUCUGAGCUGCAGAUUGAGAAGACGGGAAUCUGUUUCCACUGUGUUUUUCUAUCGAAAUGAGGAACUCGUUCAGAACGACACCAGAAGGGAGCUAAAUAUCUCUGCAGUGUCAAAGUCUGAUGAGGGCUUCUACAAGUGUGGACACUCAGGAGAAGAGUCAGCUCAGAGCUGGAUGUCAGUUAAAGGAUCCAGUCCUGAAGGCUCUAAACUUCCUGUGGCGUUGAUUACUGGGCUGUUGUCUGGAAUCGUACUUGUUGUUAUUAUUCUGCUGCUUUUGUUUUGCUACAGAAGAACCAGAGAUUCAAGCUCCACCAGGCCAAUCCAGUCCGACGGCACCAAUCAGGGCUCUGCCACAGGUCACAUGGUCGACCAGAAUGAAGCUCAAUGCAAUGAAUACUCCUCUCCUCCUUCUGCUGCAGUUGAACCUCAGGAUGUCACCUAUUCUUUGCUGGAACUUAAAAACAUUGGACAGAAAGCGAGGCAACAUAAACCAGAGGACAGCGCCGUUUACUCUGAGGUGAAAGUCGGAACUGCAGACGACAAUCUGAUGUAUGCCCAGGUCAACUGCCUCAACAAAGGUAAAGGCAAGAAAAAGAAAGGGGAAUCAGCUCCUGCAGCAACUGAGGACACUCUUUAUUCUGAACUGAAACCAGGAACAGCUCUGGGUAAUGAUGCUGCCUUCUUUACACAAAGUCGAAUUGUUUCUCAGAAGCAGAGUCAAAGAGAGUCAGCUCUGGAUGUGAACAUGGGACACACUUUGCUCUGUGUGCUGGGCUUUUUCUCUCUUAACAUGCUCUUCUACUGUGGACAUGCUCAAGACGUUUUGCUGACCAUUGAGCCAAAAAGGUCCACUGUAUUUACCGGAGAGUCUGUUACCUUUAUGUGUGACACGAGGGGAGAAAAAGGUGACAACUGGUAUUACUCGAUCAGCAAGGAUGAUCAACUAAUUAUCAACUACAACAGAAAUAAGACUCAUACAGAAAAACUUCAAACUACGCUUUUCAGCGGUGAAUACCAGUGCCUUGUUGGUACCGGGGUCUCAACAAUAAGAAGUAAUAAUAAAGUCUCUCUAACUGUUUCAGACAAAGAUGUGAUCCUGGAAACUCCUGCGUCCUCUCUGUUUGAAGGAGAAUCAGUGACUCUGGGCUGUCGGUAUCGUGACCCAACAAAGAAUAAGAACGCUGUUUUCUACCAAGACGGAUCUGCUGUUGAAAUGGACACAAACCUUCAGUCACAGAUGAUGAAAAACACAGUUCAAGUGAUAUCAAACAGGAGCUCAAGUUACAUGUGUAAAUUUGGGGAUGAAGAAUCGGAACCGAUAAAACUGAAAAUACAACCACAACCAAAGGCCCAUCUGAUGGAUUAUCCAGCAGAGGGUAAUGUGACUCUGACCUGCUCUGUGGAAACAUCAUCAUCAUCUGGUUGGAAAUUCUUCUGGUACAAAGGAGAGAAAACCUCUGAACCUCUGACCAAACAAGAUGCUGUUCUCCUCUCAUCUGGACAAAUCACCGUCUCAAGAGGAGGAGUCUACUGGUGCAGAGGAGGAAGAGGAGAGCCACUUUACUACACAGAGUACAGCCACUCAGUCGUCACUAACAGGGCUGUUGUGUCCCUGCAACCCAACUGGCCUGAGAUAUACUCUGGAGAGACGAUCACACUUACAUGUGAAAUUGAGGACGGAGGAGACACUGAGUGGGAAUAUAAAUGGACAACUCGCAGCUCAACCACAUCUCCAGAAACAAAAGAAUACAAAUUUAAACCAUCAUACAGUGAAGACUACGGCUGUAAAGGUGUCAUAAAAGGUGGAAAGUCUUCAACAAAGCUGAGUGAUGUUUUCACAUUGACACCAUCUUUCAAUAAACCUGAACCUGUCCUCACUGUGUCUCCAUCAUGGCUGAGUCCUGGAGACUCAGUGACUCUGAACUGCAGAGUUAAACAUCCAUCAGCAGGAUGGAGGUUCUCCUGGUAUAAGGCUGUUCCCAAACCAUCAGACAACUCCUACAGCUAUGAGCUGCUACCUGACAGCACCACUGGGACUGAACAGGAUUCUUACAUCGUUCAUGGACAAACACACACAGCAGGAUAUGUGUGCAUGGCUGGAAGAGGAGAUCCAGUUUAUCACACUGAUUACAGUAAACCUCAGUUUGUCUGGUCUGGAGAUUUUGGUUCCUCAGCGUCUCUCACAGUGAGUCCUGACAGAGUGCAACACUUCAUCUCUGACUCUGUGUCACUGAGCUGUGAGGGAAACUCUACUGAGUGGAGAGUGAAGAGGUUUACUGAUGGCUACCUGAGAGACUGCUCCAUCUGGGGGACAAUGACUGGAUCCACAUGCAAAGUGGAUAAAUACUGGCUAAGUGGAGUCUACUGGUGUGAAUCUGGAACAGGAGAGUUCAGCAAUGCCGUCAACAUCACCAUUGAAUACGGUCAUAUCAUCCUGCUGAGUCCUGUCCCUCCUGUGACUGAAGGACGUUCUGUCACUCUCGGCUGCAAGCUGAAGACACAAAAUUAUAUUUAUAAUGUGGUUUUCUAUAAAAAUGGCAAAAUCAUCCAAAAUGACACCAGAGAAGAGCUGAAUAUCUCUGCAGUGUCAAAGUCUGAUGAGGGCUUUUAUAAAUGUAAAGGAGAUCAUUCAUCACAAGGCUGGUUGAGUGUGACGUCACCAGAGAGCUGGAUAUCAGUAAAAUCAGCGUCCAGGCCUGAAAACAACCCUCCAUUUCCUGUGCUGUUGGUUGUUGGGCUGGUUGGUGGAGUUUUACUGAUUAUUCUCCUGCUGCUGUUUCUGUUGCUGUGUUGCUACAGAAAGUCAAAAGACUCCUGCUUUAACAGCAGGUCUCAGAGAUCCAAUCAGAGCCCUGCUACAGACCAGGAUGGAUCUCAACACACAGGAUGUGCCUCUACUCUUCAAGGUGAUGUUUGCCACUAUGAAUCAAUCAAAGACACACAUGAAACUGAAAAUGAUAAAUCCAGGGAUGCAACCUAUUCUGUGGUUGAACUUAAAAACAUGAGGAAGGAUGAUGAAGCCCACCAGAACGCUCUUUACUCGACUGUGGAGAUGGCAUCAGCUGCAGAUGAUAACCUGACGUAUGCCCAGGUACACACCAAAAUGAACGCAGAGAAAGGAAAAUCAAGUCCUGCAGCAGCAGCAGAUGAAACUGUUUACUCUGAAGUCAAACCUGGAACAGCUCCAGAUCAAUAGAGAAACUGUUUUUAAACCGGAUGGAAUGGAUGACAACAUGGAAACUACAUUGUAGUUAUUGCAGCUUUUAUGUUAUCAUUUUGUGCAGCUCUGCUAAACAAAUAUUCAGCAAUAUUUUGUACAGUCAAUCGAAUAUUUUAUUGACAGGAAAUAGAUCAUAUGGCUUAAAUCUCUUUUUUGUUUUUGUUUACUUCUUUCAUCAUUAAACCUUUUUUGUUCUAAA